AUGUCCUUACUCUCACCAGGAGAUGAAGAUGAACCAGAGCGUUUUGAUGGUCUUUCUCUCAUAUACUGGACUAUUAUGGGCCCUCAUGGAAUCAAUCGAGCUGUUCACCGCAUUUCUUUUUCUGAUUGUCAAAAUGGAUUAGGAGUUAAAAUUAUUGGAGGUUAUCGGGCACAAACAGCAGAAGAUUAUGGGAUUUUCAUAAAGAGAAUUCUACCCGGAGGGGUUGCUGCUGUAGAUAGCCGUUUGCUCACUGGCGACCUAAUUUUGGAUGUCAAUGGAGAAAACUUAAUUGGAGUAACCAAUGAAAGGGCUGUUGACAUCUUGCGAACAGCAUCAGCAUCUAAUCACAUGUCUCUGCUAGUUGCCAGAGAUGAAGAAGCAAAGAAAGAAUUUCUUGACCUGAUGGAUAAGUAUGGCUCUCACAAUGACACCAGCUCUGCAAGAAGUUCUCCAACACAACUAUUAGCCGCAAAAUCUAUAGACAGCCCUUCUUCUGGCUCAUCCUCAAGGUCACAGAGUCCUCAGUUGCAUCCAAAGGAUAAUAUCACAACCAUCAGCAGAAAUAACUCUGUCCCAGCACCAUCCCCAACGCUUGCAAAGGAUAGUGCAUUUCAGAUUAUCUCUGUUUGCAAAGGAACAAGCCUAGGUUUGAAUAUUGUAGGAGGAAUUAACAGAAAUGAAGGGCCUUUGGUAUAUAUUCAAGAAAUUAUCCCUGGUGGUGACUGUGAUAAGGAUGGACGAUUGAAGCCUGGAGAUCAACUUGUAUCCAUAAACAAAGAGUCAAUGAUUGGUGUCUCCUAUGAAGAGGCAAAAAGUAUAAUCAACAGAGCAAAGACGAGGUUUGAAAAUUUUUGGGAGAUAGCUUUUAUUAGACAAAAAAAUAUUCCCAGUUAUUCAGAGAAUCUGCAACGUCCUUCCAGUCUCUUAACGUCCUCUGUAGCAUAUGGAGAGCAACAGGCUGCAGUACUUAGUCCUCUUGCAUCUUCUAAUGGGAAGCUUGUUUCAAUGUUCACUCCAAAUGCUAUGGAAACUGGAGACAAGAUGGGAGAGCAAUCUCCAAUUACUUCUCUAGACAGCAGUCUUACUGAUGUGUCUGCCACGGUUAUUGUCCCCAGCCAGAAUGAUGAUUAUGAGCUGCAAGGAAGGAACUCUACUGUUCGUCUCAAAGCAGAAAAGCUGGAAAGGGCAUUGAAUUAUCUUGGGAUUCAGCCCACAGAUGAACAGCAGCAAGCCCUAAGGCAGCAACUUCAGAAAGAUUCUAAAGGAACAGUGUCUUUUGGAGAUUUCGUUGACGUUUCAAGGAAUCUGUUCUCUAUGCAAUUGAAUGCAACAGAUGAUGCCCCAAAAUCUGUAACAGUUGGAGUCAAUGAAAUUGCCAGCUUACUGGACUCACAGUUCGUAACCUGUGAUUCUUUGGAGGAUGACAUGGAAAGACUUAAGAAAGAAAGAAAUGAAGCUUUAAAAGAAAUGAGUAAAUUAAAGGAAAAAUUAUCUGAAUCUGUGAAUUUACAGAAACAGUUAACAGAGGAGCUACAAAUAGUCAAGCAAGAAGCCAAGGCAGCUGUAGAAGAGACAAGAGCCCUGCGAAGUAGGAUUCACCUUGCAGAAGCUGCACAAAGGCAGGCUCGUGGAAUGGAGAUGGACUAUGAAGAAGUAAUUCGCCUAUUAGAAGCUGAAAUUGUAGAGCUGAAGGCUCAGCUCACUGAUCAUUCUGGCCAAAAUAAAGAUAACAUCCAAGAGUUGAGAAAGAGAGUUACAGUGCUUGACUGCCAGCUGAGGAAAUCAGAAUCAGCUAGGAAGACCUUUGAGGUGGCUACUGAAAAAUUGCUACAAUUUGUAGAGGUUGUGCAUGAAAUACUUUCAGAUAAUUCUACUUCCUCGGCAGUUUUAAGUGACAGAAGAACAACGUUGUCUGCUAAAGCACUUCUUGCACGAUUGGGAAGGAUUGGACCUACUGUCACAACCGCUCUUGCAGCAGAAGCCAGAGACCUUGCAAAGUCUGUCCGUGCCAUUUUGGAAGUAGAUUGUCUGCCUUAUGGAUGGGAAGAAGCUUAUACAGCAGAUGGAAUCAAAUACUUUAUCAACCACGUGACACAGACGACGUCAUGGAUCCAUCCUGUAACAAGCGCACUAAACUUGCUUUGCUCCGAGGAUGAUGACGGAAUAAGAGAGCUUCCCGGGUCCAAGAGCUGAGGAUGUCUGUUGGCAGAAAGUAGUUUGUGUAGUUUUUCAGUAUGUUAGUGAGAAGAUGCACACUUUCUAAUCUACUUACUUUCUAGUCUAACAUAAUAGUACCUGAUGACGUUUCUCCCCUUCAAGUCAGAGGAGGUUCUGCCAGUCUUUUAGGUGGGUUUAUUGAUGCU